AUGGUUGCUGUCGUGCGCAAUGGUAAGGUUCGUAUAUGCAUCGACCCCAGUGACCUAAAUAAAGUCAUGCUCCGCGAGCACCAUCCAAUGAAAACGGUUGAAGAAGUAGUCUCCGAAAUUGCAGGCGCACAAGUGUUUUCUGUUCUCGAUGCAAAAUCUGGUUUUCUGCAAAUCUGUGUUCAUGAAGAGUCGUCAUUUCUCACAACGUUUAAUACGCCUGUUGGUCGCUACCGUUGGUUGAGACUACCGUUUGGCAUCAAGUCGGCGCCAGAGAUUUUUCAGCGUAUUAUGGACCAAAUGCUUGAGGGCAUUUCAGGUGCUACAGCAGUGAUGGAUGACAUCCUUGUAGCCGCGCGCACUGUUGAAGAACACGAUAUCAUCCUGCGGAAGGUGAUCGAUCGUACAACUCAGUAUAAUCUGAAACUCAAUAUGGACAAAUGUCUCAUCAGGCGCUCCGAAGUACAGUACGUGGGUCAUCCGAAGUACUGA